AUGAAGCCCGCCAACCAGCUGUUCCAUCUCAAUCGGCCCCCAAGCCCGCUCUCCCAGCCGGCCUCCCAGCAACAUGCAGGGAGCUUCUCGCUGGGCUUCAUCUACCCCCACCCCUUCAGUCAGCAGCAUUCGGCUGUCCGCGAUGAAUCCACUUUGCGCCGGAAGGUUCCCGGGACAGACAAUUUGAAGCCGAAUGGCCAUCAGCUCUCCGGCGGAGCUUUCGGACACCAUUGGGAUUUCGCUCGGUCGGAUGUCCAAUAUGCGGAAUACUCCCAGUCUUCGCCGGCCAUUUUGGUGAACUCAGGACCGGUCGAAUCUUUGCCCUUGCCUGAUGUUCCUAGCACUAGCCAUUCCGUUCCUACUAGCAGCUCUAGACCUUAUCAAAGUCCAGAUAUUCGGCUGAAUGCAUGGAUCCCCAAUAGUAAUUCCAAUCAACAGUCUGCUCCUCUAUCGCAUUCACCAUCCAGCGGCCAGUCCUCUGCGUUUGCCGUCAAUAGAUCAAACUGUCAGCCGCUGCUCGGGCCGGAUAAGCGAAAAGUAUCAGACUUCCCUCCAAAUAAUUCGCCGUCGGAAGAUGAUGAUAGAAGCUACUUGGAUGAUCAUGCGCUGGCGUGGGGUGCUGGAGAGGCAUCUACAGGCUCCUCGCGCGGAAUUCAAACGGAUGCUGCUUCCGAAGCAGAAGUGCAACGUCCUGCAGAGCAGCCAAAGACCAAGCGCUGGAAGCGUAAACUGACCGAGAGGAGACGAGAGCAGAAUAGGAUCCAUCAGAGAGCUUUCCGGGAGCGAAACAAACUUUCGUUGAAGCAAAAGGAUGCGUUGAUAAGCAAGCUGAAAGACCGCUUGGAGCGACAUCAAGAAGCUAUUGGACAGCAGAGCGAACGUAUCAGAAGCCUGAAAGCUCGAAUAAGCCUCUACGUACCAUUAAAAGAAGAAAUAUAA